AUGGCGACCGACGGCCCGUUCGAGGUCGAGGUCAACCCGCCGGGCGAAGUGGCGACCGAGGGGAUGUCGGCGCGCACCUUCGUCGGCGCCACGGACCUCCCCGGGGAGAAGGCAGCCACCCCGGAGGCCCUGUCCACCUGGAAGGAGGCCGAGCACGAGAUCAAGCACGAGGCCACGUUCUUGGCCUCGAAGGUGCUGUGCGGACCGAAGAAGGAGAGGACCCAGCCGAAAGCGGCGGACGAGAUGGCCGAGUUCCUCCGUCAGCAUCGGUCUCGGACGCUGGCCAACCUGGCCGAGGCGGCGAAGCAAGCAGCGGCAGCUGUCCAAGCGGGUGGAGGCCCCGACGAGGCUACCGCUCCGACCCAGGCGGCCACUGCCAUGGACACCCGAGGGUCCCCCGACGGCAGGGGCGACGACAGUUGCGGGUCUAUGGCUCUCACGAUUCAGGCUGUAGCGGCCGGGGCGACGGGGAUGCCCGCCCUCGGGCCCGACGGAUCGCCGACUGGGCCGCCGCCGCUUCUGCCGACAGGCGCCGCGGGAACCAGCGCGGCUGAGGCAGCAGUUGCACGAGUCGCGGCGAACGGCUUCGCUGGGCCCCCAAAGGCGAGAGGCAACAACGACCGGAACGAGCCGCGCGAGUUCGACCGCCCAGGCAGCCAGGGCACCCCGGACGGCUUGCUGGCCAUCGGGCACGCGCAGGACACAGUCCACCGCGUGCUCGAGCUGAUCACGUCAGCGCAGGUAGGCGGCAGCAUGCAGAUGAUUACGAUGCGCAUCGAGAUGACGAGCAUGGGCAAUGCGCUGGACCAGCUGGCGGGCAUGACGGACCUCAGGGGCCUGGAGGCUUUCUGGCUGAGCGGAGAUCGGUUCAACGACGACCGCGGCGCCGCCUGGGCCCAGUCCGCGGCGAGGUCCAUUUCGGUCUACGCUCCCACGACGCAGACGUCGCGCAUUACGGCGUUUCUGCAGGCGGCGCUGAAUGUCGGUCUGCUGGCCGACAACCACGUCUGGAUCCCAGGCACUGAGGCUGGCCCCAAGAAACGCAACUACUUGGCGUUCCCGAGCGCACGACCCGCAGCCGACCACUACCGCGCCGCCCUCGGCAAGCCCGCCACCGACGGCGGCCUCGCGGCGACACCCACGCACCUCAGCAUUUAUGUCUCGGGAGACGCCGCCGCCCAGGAGCUCCACCAGCGCCCCGAGAACGACAUUCACAUCCUCGGCGAGUACCGCGUGGACCCCACGCUGGACGCCCUCCUCGCUGCCGCACAGGACCUCGACGCCAUGGAAGGCAAGCAUCCAUGCGGAGAUCCAGUCCACGACCUCAACAACCGCCUACGAAUGCUGCACGUCCCCUGUCCUUUCUGGCGGCUCUAUCUCCGCAGCGGAUUGGUUGAUUUUGGCAGCACUUACACCCCGCCACCAUGGGCCUAUGGUGGCAUCCGUGCUCGACGACGAGAAGGCCUCAUGACGCUCACGCGCAUCACGACCUUCAAGCUACGCAGUGCGCACAUCCCACACCUUGCGAAGAGCUACGACAUGCGCAACGCUUUCGGCACAGGCGACACUGACCGACUACUGGCAGCUCACCGGGUACGCACUGACGACCCCCACUUCGAGGACAUGCUCACGCAACAUCGACUCCGCGCCACCAUGCGCAUCGACGCCAACGACGACACCAUCGGGCCCCACCCAUGCAGUGGAGGCCGCAUGGGCGACAGCAACGAGCCCGAGCUCUUCAUGGAAUCCUUCUAUCCACUCAUCAUCGACUGGGACGCAGAGCUCACCGCCGUCAUUGGGGACGGCCUCACCUGCACCGACCCCAUCACAGGCAACGCCCAUCGCAUCGACAUGGGCGCCUUCAUCGACGACAUCGCACGUGUGAUUAUAGUUCCCGACGGCACACUCCGACAGGCCCUAGCGAUAGAUUGCAUCGACGUCUCUAUCAUGAACGCCAAGCUCCGACACGGCGGAUAUGCACAGAACGCGCACAAGCAGGAGACAUUGGUACGACUUGCCACCAGCAACGCCACCAAGCAGGCCGAACGACAACUCAGCGGCACCUGCAUGACCAACCUCAUCCACCUCGGCUCCUACAUCCAUGUCGACGGCUACAACACUCGCGAGGACCUCCUCAGUGCCUUUGCAGCCCCCAUCAGCGACGACCUCCGUGGCCUCUGGGACAUUAACGACGACAUUCGGAAGUUUUUCAGGGACCCCGAGAUCCAGGAGGCAUUCCAGCAGAUCGAUGUCAGCUACCUUCGGCAGGCGUGCGUCUCGCAGUCUUGGGCCCCACCAGGUCACCACUUCUUGCCACCCGAGACCCCUCUGGGAGACCCCGGCAGCGACCCCGAGGAUCCGAGCCCGUUCGUCUGCAACAUCGAGGGCUGCAUCAAGGCCUUCCGCACGUUCUCUGCACUCGUUGCACAUCAAGCACCAGCAGCACUUCCAGGCCCGCUACCGUCCUCGACCAAGUCUGGCACCUCUGGCAACGACUCCAAGACCGACGAACCACCCCAGCGCCGACGCAAGGUCGAGGGGGCCAAGGGCAGCAAGGGCCAACCGACGCCGGCAGCGGACCAGGAGGACGACGACAUGGACGUGGAGGAGCCACAGAACGAGCCUCGCCGUGCUCGACGCAGAGGGCUUCAAGACGCGGGUCAACAUUACCGCGCCAACAAGGACACCGAGGCGCUCAAGAUGUUGGGCCCACCGACCCCCGCACUCGCGCUCGCCAUGUUGGAAGGGCUACUGACAUGCGAAGCGGGAGGCCGAGUCCGCAAAGAGAUCGAAGAGUACCUCGAGAAAUGCCAGCCAGAGGACCCUCAGCUCGAGCCACUGAUCGACGUAGAGACCCUCCAGACCGAAGUCGCCUUCCUGCGCAUCGACAAGACGCACGACCCGAGCAUCGCCAAGCUGAUCCUCGGCGCCAAGGACCUGGAGGAGCUGGCGGCCGCUGCCGCGUCGGAGGCCCAGCGGCACGAGGAGGUCGUCGCGGUGCACAGGGAGCUUGGCCGCGCCGGCACGAACUUCGCGAACCUGAGGACGCCCGCCGCAGCAUUGCGGACGGCCGACGCCAGCAGGGGCUGCCCUGGCGGCGCGGCGCCCCAGCCCCACGAGCGGUUGCGGGCGCGCUUCGAGCGCGACUUGGAGGAGUUCCGCCGCGCGAGCUCUGGGCUGGCCGACGGCCUCCGCGGCACCGUGGAGGCGCUGCGCCGCCGCCGCGACCAGCUCGCGGAGGCCCAGGCGGCCCCGACGGCGCGCCCUCCCCCAGAGCCGCCGCCCGCCGCCGCGCUGGCCGCGCUGAGGGCCGCCUGGGAGGAGCAUUCCGAAGCGGCGGCGGAGCGACGCGCCGCGGAGCUGCACGCGCACCGGGCGCAGGCCGCCGACCUCGCGCUGGCCUGCGCGGCCAGGGCGGAGGGCGCGCUGGCGCGCCGGGAGCAGGCCAUCCUGGAGAUGGCGGCCGUGCUGCUGCCACCCGCAGCCUGA